AUGGCAGUGAACUUGGAUCAAGUUAUUGAUCAACAACAACAUCAUCAACAACGACAACAAAGUGAUAUCACCAAUAGUGCUGAACAACGAUAUAAUGAUUUAAAAAAUCAUGGUUAUUAUGAGGAUGGUAUAACUGAUAAAUUUGACCAUGAUCAAGUGCCUAAUUGGUUUGAUUUAAAAAAAUAUGAGCGCUGUAUAUAUUUGGCGCGCAAACAUUUUGUCAGUUUAUAUAUCGCACACUUUAUUGGACUUCUAAUGAUAAUCCAAAUCCCGUCGGGUUUGGCGCCACUGUUAGUAACCGGAAACUCGUCAACUGUGGCCAAACUUUUUCGUAGAUAUCUGUCGACACUAAUUCAUGUGAGAAAUUGGUACGAAAGUAAUCCGUUUGAUAAGCAAUCGUUGGCCAACAAGUCUAUGUUGAAGGUGCGGGCAAUGCAUAAACGUGUGGCACAGUUGAUGAAUAGUCGACCAAAUGUUGAUGGAGUUAAAGACAAACUAUGGCUCAAUCAAUAUGACUUUGUGAUGACUCAAUGGGCGUUCAUUGGACCCGUCAUAUUAUAUCCAGAUGAAUGUGGUCUACGACCUGCCAGUGCUGAAGACAUUGAGCAUCUGUGUUAUAUGUGGCGUGUAAUCAGUUAUUGUAUUGGAAUCGAUGAUAAAUAUAAUCUCUGUUCCGGAAAUAUGGAUGAAGACAGACAGUUAUGUCGACUAUUGUUUGAACGAGACUAUCGCCCAGUGCUUGAAAAUGCGGAAAUUCAAAACAAUAUGGGUUGGCAUAUGGGUAACGGUAUUACACUGGCAUUGAAAACUAUAAAUCCAUCCCUUAGUUUUGAAGCACUUAUCAGCUAUUGGUAUCCUGUAUUGAAAAUACCACAUAAAAUCAAAUUAGACUCAUUUUUUCUCAAACUUUCCUACUAUUAUCUGUACUUUAAUUUUCAGAUAAUGUUGCGAUUUUCAUUUGCCCACUGGUUGUAUGGAUGGGCCUAUCGAUUGCUUAUAGCCAUUGCAAUCAAAAAAAGACAAAUCAAAGAAAACUUAUUAAAACUCAAAUACAAAGACUUGAAAUAUGAAGAAGAAAAGUGUCCCAUAAAUCAUAUCGAUAUACAAUAUAGCGAUGCUUUUGAUGAAAAAAUUAAUUAUUAA